AGUCUAUGCCCUAAUUGCGAAAAAUCGGUCACGAAUUUCGAAGACGCAGGAGUUUCAUAUUUUGUUCGAGUUUGAUAAGCUACUUCCUGAAAUAUCCCCGGGAUUUGUGCCGUGCUUCGGGACAUGUGAUAAACGAUAAAUGCCCGUGCGUCGCGGUGAAUAAAAGAGUGUUUCUAUCCGUCAGUCCUCGCGAAAAACAGCGCCGUUCCUCUCAUCUCGCGCGUGUACAGUGAGGUGCAGUAUGAGUUUCGAUAAUUAGCAAGAUGUGUGCUAUCUCGUUUUCUCAUCUUAUUCCGAUGAUUGGCGGUGAUAAAUCAGUUCGUAGUGACUUCGUGUAGAUUCCGUACCCCUCAGAUUUUGACGAGUUAUUUCGUAAACAUCGGCCAGUGAUUUGUCAGUGAUAACAUGGCGACUAUGGAAGGAUCAUUGAGUAAAUGGACUAAUGUAAUGAAAGGUUGGCAAUUUCGUUGGUUUGUUUUGGACGAUAACGCUGGGCUCCUCUCCUACUACACCUCGCGGGAGAAGAUGAUGCGGGGGGUGCGGCGGGGGUGCGUGCGGCUGAAAGGGGCCGUGAUCGGGAUCGACCUGGAGGACGACAGCACGUUCACCAUUACCGUCGACUCGAAGACGUUCCACUUCCAGGCCCGCGACGCCGAGGAGCGCGAGAAGUGGAUCCGCUGCCUCGAGGACACCAUCCUCAGACACGCCUACGGCUACAAGUCCAGCAGGCUCGAGUUCAAUAAUGCCAAAUCGUUGCCAACAAUACAUGACUUUGACAAAAAAUUAGCCGAAGCAGAUGCAUAUCUACAAAUUUUAAUAGAUCAAACAAAGAAUUUAGAAGCUAGAAUGAAUCAAGUGACUGAUCCUAGUGAUAAAUCAAGAUGUCAAGCGAUAUGGAAUCAUGUAAAUGUAAUGUUAGAGCAAGUUAAACACACAAUAAUUCUUCUACAAAUUGCCAAGAACACUGCGCAUCCUGUAAAUGGGGUGUAUCAACCAGUUAUGAACACAACAAGUAUUAGUGGAGGCCUUGAUAAAAUUGAUAAUAAUAUUAGUACAUUAAAUAAUUCUCAGUCUAGUCAUAUUCAUUCUUCCAAUCUUGAUUCUGCUGAUGAAUGCACAGAGGCAGAACGAUCUUACUGUAGGGCACACUCAAUAUCAUAUCCAGUCCAUAGGUAUCCUUAUGAUGAUAGUAUAGGAGGAGGAAUUCCACCUUCACUGGUUGUACCAGAAACCUCUUACUCUAGCUCAGAAGAUGAUGACUUUUUCGAUGCCAGGGAUGAAGUUAGCUCGCCUUCCGACGAUAAACUUUCCACUAAUUCUAAAAUUUCGUCCAACAUUCCAGGAUCCGAUUCCGAGGAAGCUCAGAAUGAACCAGACACAGUACAAUCUCAGACGCCUAGUGAUUCAAUUAAUUCCUCCAGUCCAUCGGAUAAACGCCCAGUCAAGCAAGCCUCCACCUCCUCAGGCCCCAGAUCUGCUCCCAAAACUCCAGAUGGUGACAUAGACUAUGAUGCACUUUACGAAGAUGAAAAUGAAAAUGAAGUUUCGUUGGAGAAUCAUGGAUCAGUCGUCACGCAUCUCAUAUCUCAGGUCAAAAUCGGAAUGGACCUUACCAAAGUUGUGCUUCCUACGUUUAUUUUAGAAAGGCGAUCCCUUUUAGAAAUGUAUGCAGAUUUUUUUGUCCACCCUGAUCUAAUUUUGAAAACUGUUGAAUUAACUUCACCCAAAGAUCGAAUGGUAGAAAUUGUCAAGUGGUACCUUACCUCAUAUCACGCCAGCCGCAAAAGUGGUGUGGCCAAGAAACCUUACAAUCCAAUUCUAGGGGAGGUAUUCAAGUGUCAUUGGAACAUUCCUGGUUUCUCUAGUACAACGGAAAAAGUCCCAGACGGACCUCUACCUGAUGCUACAAAGGAUCAGCUUAUUUUCAUAGCAGAACAAGUAUCCCAUCAUCCGCCCAUUUCAGCAUUUUAUGGUGAACACUUCGAAAAAAGAGUCCAGUUCUGUGCACAUGUAUGGACUAAAUCCAAAUUCCUUGGUCUGUCGAUCGGAGUACAUAACGUGGGAGAAGGGAGACUGAAAUUGUUGGACCACAACGAAGAGUACAUUUGCACCUUUCCAAAUGGCUACGGCAGGUCUAUUUUAACUACGCCAUGGAUUGAGCUUGGUGGAUCUGUUAGCAUUGAUUGCCCGCAGUCAGGCUACAAGUGUGCUGUAGAAUUCCACACAAAGCCUUUCUACGGUGGGAAGAAACACCGAGUAACAGCGGAUGUGUUUGCGCCCAACGACAAGAAACCCUUUUUAUCAAUUAAUGGCGUUUGGAAUGGAUUAAUGGAAGCCAAGUGGAACGACACUGGUAAAGUUGAGCCUUUCGUCGACACCAGGAAUUUAGAAAUAAUCAAAAAAGUUGUUGUGCCAAUCAAAAACCAAGAGGAGAAUGAAUCCAGGCGUGUUUGGAAAGAAGUCACCCUAGGAUUAAAAUAUGACAAUGUAGAAGCUGCAUCUGCUGCUAAAUAUGAAAUCGAGCAACGUCAACGAGAUGAAGCCCUCACGAGAAAAAGACAAGAAGAAUCUUGGCAGUCCAAAUGGUUCAAAGGUGAGGCUGGUGGUCAGUGGGAGUUCAUCAAUCCGUUAGAAAAAAGGAUAAAGAAAGGCUCCUAACAAUUAGCAUGCGAGCCUAGUGAAGAAUAAUUCAGCAAACCUCAAUGUCGGACACCGUAAUUCGAAAUGGAAACUUGUGACGACUCGCUAGAAAAUUUGAUCAAACCUGAAUUAUUAUUUUGCCUUAAAAAUACCAUGGUUACCUAUCGAAUAUCACGUUUUAUGUUACAAUUGCAUAAGCAUAAGUGUAUCUAACUGUAUCAUUUUCUCGUGUUAUAAUUUGUGUAUAGUUUUUAAAACAAUCAUUGUACUUUUGUAUAUUUUAAAUUUUUGUUAUCGAAUCGAAAUCCUGAUCUUAAAUCUUUGUGUCUUCGCGCCAGGUCCAAGGAGAAAAGAAUUAGCUGAAUAAUUUUCAUCGUUAAACUUAUUUUUUAGUUGAGUUUCUGAAAUUUUGAAAUGGAUGCAAAGGUGCUAUUAAGAGAUAAGAGGUCAUCAUUAAAUGAUACAAAGUAACUAGAACACAUUCUAGCUAAACUGAUCUCUUUUGGUUUUUAGCGCCUGUCGUAGAUCCUGCAUUCGAAAAAAGAAAGUCUGUAAAAUUAUUGAUUUUCCUCGUAGUUUCUAGUGUUCUCAAUAACUUCUACCUUUUUAUUUUUUUUCUUAACCUUCGUUUUUUUUUUUAACUUCUAUUUUUUCAUAGAUUUUUUUAUUUUAAAUGUGCUAAAAUAAACUGAAAAUGGGUAAAUUAUUGUGAGUUUCCUCUUGAUCAAUAACGACUGAGUGUGUCAGUAAUAUCACAGACUUUCUUUUCAAUGUAAUCGAAUAUUCAAGUAGGCAAAUUAUAGGAUGGUUCUUUUUCUGGGGAACGGUUUUUAUUCUUAGAAACACAAGCUCAUGGAGUUAAGUUUCAUUAUUUUUGUUGAAAAUUUUUUUGUACUUAUGGAUUUUUUCAUUGACUCCAAGUUCUGGUGGUCACAAAUCGCUUUGAAAUUGUGUCAAAUCCAUUUGAAAUUGUUAUUGUUGACUGUUGAACGAUUAUGUCCUGAACGGGGACUAAAAUGCAAUGAGACACUGAUUUGUUUUUGUUUCGGCGGAUAUUUUUUCUCUGGGAGAAAAGUUGUGGAAGGAGAAUGCAUCUAAUUUAAAAGUACCAAUCCAACUGACCAUUUUAGAAUUAUAUUAUUUCAAUUCUAACUCGUUUUCACGACAAGUGCAUUGCAUGUGAAUCAAUAUAAGUUACUGUUUUUUGGAAUAUUAAACUGUAAAUUCUUUCAUUGGUUUGCACCUUUUUUUUCUUGGCCAAAAAUUGCUCAGUAAAAAAUAUCUGUGAUCUGUUACAUACUUUUGACGUUAGCUGUUUUAAAUCUCUCGACAGUUGAAACAGGGUGCAGGUUGAAUGGACAUACUAAUUUAUAUACCUAAUCCAAUUUUCUCUCUUAAUUUGACUACAUAAUGGCCAGAAUAGUCAUGUUUGUAAAAAGGACUGUGGACGUAUUUUGAGGAAAAUCUGGUUGAUUGAACAGGAAAUACAAAUCAAACCAGAGUCCAAAUGGUUUGAAGUUUGCAGUUUGAAGCACUUAGUUCUGAGAAUUUUUUUCAAUGUUUUCAUCUGCCAUGUUCAAAGCACACACAUUUUACAAACGGAUGCAGUCUUAUACUUACUUUCAGCACAUAAAUGAACUAAAUCUCUCACAAUUCUGUCUCAGAGAUACUAGCAAUUAUACCACAUUUUGCAAGAAGGAACUACAAUUUCCGGCUCACACAAAAGCACCUAUCUAAACUGUUCUGAUUCUAAUGACUUUUUUGUCAUUACUGAAAUCAGUCAGAAUUAAUCCCCCUAUCGCAAAAUAUAGUCAAAUUGUUCUCAUGUCAGUCACUUACCCAAACUCCGAUCUUUCACCCAAGUCAGCAAUAAUUGAUCUAAUGAAAACUCGCAUCUGUAGACUUAAGUAGGAGCAUUCAAACGAACUCUUUUUGGUAAACUAUCAGUACUGCUUCUUUUGAAAUAUCGAUGCAUUCUGUCAAGGUCUCUCUUGUCAGAAACGACUGCGCACCUGCAAUUAAAAUACUUAUUUCAAUAGAUUCUCAAUUUUUCUUGAGAUGAAUUAUGGAUUUUAACAUUGGGAUCUGACUGAGACUUGAUGUUAUUGUCCUGAAUAAUUGUAAUGUGAGCAAAGGUCAAACCUUUGAUGGAUGAUUUUUUGAAAUUCCCCUCAUAUUUUCCUCCUAGAAAAUUUUCUGAAGUACAAUCCCUCUUUGUAGAAUCUAACAUAGCAACACAUGAUUUUUUUCGUUUGACUAAAUAUUUGCUUAAUAAAACCGAACUUUACGAAGUACUUGGUUGGCAAGUGUAAAUUGAAUUUUCAUAUCAAUGUUGAAAUGUUUCAGCCAGUCUUUUGUAUGGUUGGUGCCUUUUUUUUUCUUUUUUUAAUAAGUACAGUGGACUCAGGAUUAUCUGUAACUAUCGUAAGGAUACCGCUUUACCUGGAUUGUAUUUCAUUGUAAAGAAACAAACUCUUGCCCUGGAAUAUUAAGUCAUUACAGUUUUCUCAGUUUUUUUUCUGUAAUCAUGUGAUCAAGAUAUGUGUUCUAAUGCAAUAAUUUGAUUUCUAAUGACCAUAUGAUUAAUUUUUGUUUCUAUCCUAACCUGUAAGGCCUCAGUUAGUCUGGCCAAUCCAAAAUCCACUGUAAUAAGAACCAUGGACAUCAGUUGUUUUGUCGAUUUCCAUUUUCAAUUUUGAGCACAGACAAUGGAUGCCUUGCACACUUGAGAGCCACGUGGAUAGACCUUUUAAGGGUAAAUUGUCGCAAAAAUCACAAUAGUAAUUUUUAAAAAGUCUGAAAUCUACUCCUUAAGUGGUAAUUUGCUGAACAGGAAAAACUCUUUUUAAAAUUUCCAAUGGAGGCAAUGUCCAGUCACCUUAUCUCGGAACAAGCAAUGGCAAUAUUCGUUCAACAAAAACUGAUGAUUCAAAACAUAAUAUUUAUCGAAGUUAUCUGCAGGUCAAUAGGAUAAAGAAAUGGUGUGCGAGGGCAUGGACCACCAUUUAAGAUCAUACAUUGCUUGUGAAUAAAACUAACGAACAACAACCAGAAAUUGGCAAUUACCGGCAGCAACAAAGAUAGCCUGAGAUCGCCUUUGGCUUGUUUUCAGUGAAUAGAAAGCUGCCCCCGGAUGCAGGAAAUUUGAAAAAAGGGUGCUCCAAACCAGGCAAAUUGCGCACCAAGAAGUGUAUUUCAGACUUUCUCUAAAUAAUUGUCGUGAUUUUGGGGUCAUUAUAUCUUUAAGAAGUUCAUUCACACAGCUUUAUCUUUUGUGUGAGACCUAUUUUCUCUCUGGCUCUAUCAGUCCAUAUGCUGAGGCAUUCUGUUUUUAUCUUGCCUACCUCAGUUUCUUUGCGUUUCAGAAUUCACUACUUUCGAGUGAUUUCGUUUAACAUUUGCGUCCGUUCAGAAGAAGAACCCAUAGCCAGCAACCCUUAUCGUAUGGUUUUUUUCAAUGCGUCCUAGGAUCUUUGAAUUUUAAAUCUUAGCCAUUUUUUGUCUGUACUUUACUGCUGUGAAAAAAGCAAAUUAGAGACAAUUAGCUUUGCUUCUCCUAGAUAAUCUCAUGUUGGAACACCAACGCCCUGUUGUUGACUUUUCAAAAGCAAUACUUACUUACAUCUUUACAUUAUCACUUAGAAACAUGUAUGUUAUAUUCUUAUUUUUAAUUAAUUUAGAAUUUUUCUUAUGUACACAAUGAGGAAAACAAAUGAAUGGAAAAUGAGGAAUAAACCGAAUAAAAAUCAGUCUUUUCAAGGGA